AGUUCAGUUUACCAAACAAAAUAAUCAACGAUGUAAAACUGCAAAAAUUUCGGUUUCCUGUUCCUGAUUUCGAAAAGUUGUCUCGAGAAACACCGCCACAAGAGUUUAGUCUUCCAGCGGAUUAUAACACGAUUAAGAGAAGAAAGGCCGUUUUAUCGAACGGUGACCCUGGUUCUCUUUUUUUUGACGAGAAUUCGGGAGUUCGUCGUAGUAAAAGAAAUCGGU